AUGAACCUGAUAAUGAGUGAAAGAGACUUAUCGUUUGAAAAGUUGUCCUUUGAUGUGGAUGAGCCGUCGAGCACACCUCGAAAAGCUUCAUUGGAGUCGAGGAGCAGUACCAAUGGUGAUAGGACAACGCAGACUGAUGUCACUCAACCAGGGAAGCAGAUUCCAUCUGCGUCUGAAUUGGAUGGUCACCAGCAAAGCACACAGCUGAAAUCCUCACUGACUCUGGAUGACUUCAAGCUGAUUGCAGUUUUGGGCAGGGGGCACUUUGGAAAGGUUCUGCUGUCCGAAUACAAAAAAUCAGGACAACUGUUCGCUAUUAAAGCCUUGAAGAAAGGAGAUAUUGUUGCAAGGGAUGAGGUUGACAGCCUUAUGUGUGAGAAACGGAUCUUCGAGACUGUAAACAUCUCCAAUCAUCCAUUCCUAGUCAAUCUGUUUGCGUGUUUCCAAACCCCAGAGCACGUAUGUUUUGUGAUGGAGUACACGGCCGGUGGAGAUCUCAUGAUGCACAUACACGCUGAUGUUUUCUCAGAGCCCAGGGCUGUGUUCUAUUCCGCAUGUGUUGUUCUUGGGCUACAGUUCCUACACGAUAACAAGAUUGUGUACAGGGAUUUGAAGCUCGAUAACUUGCUCCUUGACACACAGGGUUAUGUCAAAAUUGCCGAUUUUGGACUUUGUAAGGAAGGUUGGUAUCACUACUCACCAUCAGCCCACCGUGACCUCCUUUAUUUCACUCACGUCUCUUAUAUCUAG